AUCAUAUAAACAAAAACUUCUAAAAAUUACUGUACAACAUAUAUAUACACACAAGAAAAAAGAAAUGUAGUGUGGAAGAAACAAGAAAAGAAAAACAUCAUCUUUUUCCACCUUUGCCUUUCCUUUUGCAACCCCCCACCCAAAUUCUUUCUUCUUCCUCCUCAUCAUUAUUAUACAAUCCCCUUUAUCCUCUCUCUCAUCUAAUUUAUUAUUAAUUUAUAAUCUACAAAUAAUUAAAUAGUCCCACAAUUCUUGCUAAUUUGUCCCCUCAAAAAUCCAAUCUUUUUCUUUAUUAUACACGAUCACUUUGUGAUUAUGUGUUUUUCCCAGAUGGGUUUGUUUGUUUGCCCUUUAUUUUUAUGAAAUGGGGUCGAUAUGAUUGUAUGAUGUAGUUUCUUAAGUGGGAAUUGUUGGGUUGCUUGAAAAGAUUGAAAAUUUGUAGUGUUUUUUGAUCUGGGCCAUCUUAAUUUGAUGAGUUUGGAUUAGGGGUAGCCCUCCAGUUGUUUGUUUGGUAAAUCAAGGAUAGAUCUGAGAGAGGUAGUCUGGUAAUUAAAGGGGAUUGUGAAACAUCAUGGAUCAUGUUGUGGGAGGAAAGUUUAAGCUGGGGAGGAAAAUUGGGAGUGGGUCUUUUGGGGAGCUGUAUUUAGGUGUAAAUGUGCAAAGUGGAGAGGAAGUGGCUAUCAAGCUGGAACCUGUUAGGACCAAGCACCCUCAACUUCACUAUGAAUCAAAAAUUUAUAUGCUUCUUCAAGGAGGAACGGGGAUUCCCAAUCUCAAAUGGUUCGGAGUUGAGAAUGAGUAUAGUGUUAUGGUUAUUGACCUUCUUGGCCCAAGUCUGGAAGAUUUAUUCAACUAUUGCAACAGAAAAUUCUCACUGAAGACAGUACUGAUGCUUGCCGAUCAAUUAAUCAAUAGAGUUGAGUACAUGCAUUCAAGAGGCUUUCUUCACCGUGACAUAAAGCCUGAUAACUUUCUGAUGGGCCUAGCGCGCAAAGCAAAUCAGGUAUAUGCCAUCGACUUUGGUCUUGCAAAGAAAUAUAGGGAUCUCCAAACACAUAAGCACAUACCAUACAGGGAGAAUAAAAAUCUUACCGGCACUGCACGCUAUGCUAGUGUUAACACACACCUUGGAGUUGAACAAAGCAGGAGGGAUGAUCUGGAAUCUCUUGGUUACGUGCUUAUGUAUUUUUUAAGAGGAAGUCUCCCAUGGCAGGGAUUGAAGGCUGGCAACAAAAAGCAGAAAUAUGACAGGAUCAGUGAAAAAAAGAUGUUGACACCUGUAGAGGGAUUGUGCAAAUCAUAUCCCUCGGAAUUUAUAUCCUACUUCCACUACUGUCGAUCCUUACGCUUUGAAGACAAACCGGAUUAUUCAUAUUUGAAGAGGCUAUUUAGGGACUUGUUUAUCCGUGAAGGUUAUCAGUUUGACUAUAUUUUUGAUUGGACUAUAUUGAAGUAUCCUCAGAUUGGAGCCAGUUCUAGAGGAAGGAAUCCUAGUGGGAAUCCAGGACCAUCUGGAGAAAGAACAGGAAAGACCUCAGUAGGACAAGAUAUCAGAGAGAAAUUCUCAGGCGCUGUUGAAGCAUUUUCCAGAAGAAAUACUUCGGGUCACGGUCGUCAAGGUGAACAAUCCAGACACAGGAGUUCCGAAAAAGUACCGUCUUCCAAGGAUGUGCAAGCUGAUUCUGACAAGGGUCGAUCUUCUCAAAAUGGCAACUCUUCGAAAAGAGUUGUCAUUGCAAGCAGCACCAGGCCAAGCUCCUCAGGUGAAUUCACUGAGGGACGCGCAGGCAGACUAGUAUCAACAAGUGGCAGACUCUCUGCUGCACAGAGAAUUUUAUCUGGUUCUGAGCCGAAACAACCAUCAUAUUCCCGCAAUACAGUCACAAAGGGCACUCGUGAUGAUCCUCUUCGUAGCUUCGAUUUCCUCUCAAUCAGGAAGUAAAAGAGUAUCUAUGUCGUAAGGAGUAAUACAACUCAGCCUACCAAAAUUGAUAAACACAGAGUCCAAGGAAAUAUCCAAAUAUACCAUGCUUGUAAAUGCAAAAUUUCAUGUCAAGUUAAAAGUUCCUGCUUUAAUUUUGUUCAACAGUCCUGUCAUUGUAAUACACCCACACUAAACGACUUAUCCGUACAAAAAAAAGAGUUCCAUCUAAGGAAAUUUUCAUUGGAAUGUUUGUCACACAGAUCAGAGCAGUGAUGAAUGAAUUGUGAUUGUGUGCUCCA